AUGAAUAAGAUCUAUGAAAGACGUUUUGGAACAUCAAAGAUCUUGAUUCACAAGUAUAGUUGUGAAAGCAAUACCGAGAAGCAGAAUUGGAUCGCUGCCGUCGAUCGCCAUGCAGAUGCCACGAUGAACAGAAUCGAAGAGAAUUUCAAGGCCACGUGUGCGGGUUCCACCCAGGAUGAGGAUCACGAAGCGAGCAAUGGUAAUGAUGCAGACUCGCGCGAUGGCGAUGAGCACGACAGCUCAGAGUCUAGCUCAAGCUCAGGCUCAAGCUCAAAGUCGGCGGCUUCUAGCCAGGCGAAUGAACCGAGCGAAGCUGCCGCUGCUGAUGCCGUCCCUGAUAUAGACACGGGCACGGAUGAACCUGUUUGCAUCUUCCGGAACAUACUUGAUAUGGGUUCUGCAGAAGCAGAGUGUGCUGUCCAUAAGAAGAAAUGUCCGAUUCCCACGGUUGACAUCUUGGUGGUAGGCACGAGUUGCAAAGAUAUGUCUAGAGCGAACACAACCGCUCCGAAAUCCGCAGUCUUACGAAUGGACACUAGCAAGGGAGGCAGUGCUCAGACUUUUCAGGGACUCCUACGACUAUUAGAUGAGAGGCCUCCUGCGAUCGUACUUUUCGAGAAUGUGGAUGCCAUAGACGAGAACAAAGAAGGUGGAGAGAGCAAUCUAGACAUAUUCAAGGCUGAAACGAGCAGUCGCGGAUAUGAUUCACAAGUUGUUCUCACAGAUGCUUAUGAGUUCGGAUUGCCGUGCAAGCGACGUCGAAUCUUUAUUCUACUCGUUCGCACCAACAAUAAUAUAUUGCUGGAUUUUCAUUCGCGGACUCUGUCCGGGAUGUUCACCACUUUCGGUGCACUCUUGCACGGAUGUUUGAGGUCUGCGACAUGUGCCGCAAAUUUGUGGCUGCCAGCCGAUGAUCCGGCAGUUCUCCGCGAGCUCCAGAAUCGCGAAGAGAAGCGAGCAUCAGAGCGAGCUCGGAAAGAAAAAGAUGAAAAAGAAGGCAAGCCUAUCGUUACACCGUCAGCAGGCUGGGUUGAUCAACAUAUGAAUUUCGCCGCAUCAUUGAAACGACGUUGGGGAAUGGCACCACCGGCAAAGCUACAGGGCAACAGAUGGUUCCAGAUUUUGACCCCUCGUGAACAGGAUAUGUUGCCGCAUCUGCAAGCAGAACGUCCCGAGCUUCUUAUGCGAGAUAUUUCUCAGAAUAUCUAUCGAGCCCAUCAUGCAUCCAUUAACAAAGAUACGGGCUCCAUUGUUGCGCCGACGGUCUUGCCGCGACAGCUCAUGUGGAUCGAAGGCAAUGAUUCUGAUGAUAGCCGAUUGCUACUAGGGCGGGAGGCCUUGCUCUAUCAAGGCUUCCCAUCAUUGCCCUUCCUGCAGCAGCUUCAAGAAGAGCAGUUGUCGCUUCAAGUCCAAGAGCUGGGGCCUCAGGCCGCGUUUCGCAGGGCAUCAGAGCCAGGCUCUGGGCCUCAGGCCGCGAUUCGCGCACAGUCCUCCGAACCAGGCUUUGAGCCUCAAGCCGCGAUUCGCAGGCAGCUCUCGUCCUCAAGCCUGGCCUCUGGGAUAGGGCCUCAGGCCGCGAACACGAUUCGCCGCCAGCUCUCGUCCGCAAGCUUGGCCUCUGAGACAGGGCCUCAGGCCGCGAACAAGAUUCGCCGGCAGCUCUCGUCCGCAAGCUUGGCCUCUGGGACAGGGCCGCAGGCCGCGAUUCGCAGGCAGCUUCAAGCCACAUGGACCCCUUCCGAAAGCUUAAUGCAGGAUUUGGCGGGCAAUGCUAUGGCGUUACCAGUCGUGCUCGCACUUAUGCAGUGUGCUUUCCUUGCACUUUCUUGGCGUGAUGCCGGGACUGAGGUGUCCACUGCUGAGGAUCUACAGGCAGCCUUCGGCGCCAUAGAGGCGCUCUCAGAGCAGAAGCCGGAGCCCAGGGAGACUCGUAAAGCUCUCACUCCCUUAGAGGCAAGGCUUGCGAAGCGUGCCAAGAACCGAGACUAG